GGAAAGAAGGAAGGAAAGAAGGAAAGAAACAACAACAACAAUAGAGUCGAGGCAGUAUCGGAUACGAGAUACUAACAGAGAGUGUUCCUGAGACUUUACAAUGUUACUCAACGUCACCAACUUCAACGUUGUCAUCAGCGUGGUCGGCGGCUGGCUGGUCCUGGUCGGCGCCUUCUCCCACCUCCUCAGCGACAAGCUCUACCUGUCCGAAGCCCUUGUCUCGCUCGUGGGCGGCGUCACGUUCACCCACGUGGCAAAGCUGUUCAAGCCCGGGGACUACGUCGUCUCGGAGGACGCCGUCGCCUCGGUGACGCUCGACCUGAGCCGCCUCGUGCUGGGCGUGCAGCUCGUGCUCGAGGGCAUCCGGCUGCCGGGCCGGUACCUGCGCACCGAGUGGCGGCCCCUCGCCGUGCUGCUCGGGCCCGGCAUGCUGGGCAUGUGGGCGAGCAGCAGCGCCGUCAUCUGGCUGCUGGUGCCGGGCCUGCCGCCCCUGCACGCCCUCGCCGUCGCGGCCUGCAUCACCCCGACCGACCCGGUCCUCUCGGGCGCCAUCGUCAAGGGCCGCUUCGCCGAGGAGAAGGUGCCCGAGCCCCUGCGGCACGUCAUCGUCGCCGAGUCGGGCGCCAACGACGGCCUCGGCUACCCGUUCCUCUUCGCCGCCCUGUUCCUCAUCAAGUACGCCGCCGCCGGGUCCGACGCCCGCGACGGCGGCGCAGCGACGGCCCUGCGGCUCUUCCUGGGCCAGACGUGCGUCUACGUCGUGCUGCUGAGCGUCCUGUACGGCGCCGCCGUGGGCCUGCUCGCCCGCGGGCUGCUCGCGUGGGCCGAGCGCCACAAGCUCGUCGCCCGCGAGCACUUCCUCCUCUUCCCCGUCGGCCUGGCCAUCUUCGUCGUCGGGACCUGCGGCGCCGCCGGCAGCGACGACGUCCUGGCGUGCUUCAUCGCGGGCAACGCCUUCACCUGGGACGGCUGGUUCCGCGCCAAGACGCUCGACGACCCGCUGCAGCCGUCCGUCGAGGCCCUGCUCAACCUGGGCGUCUUCAUGUGGUUCGGCGCCGUCUGCCCGUGGGGCAGCUUCUGGUCGUCCGGCCUGGUCCCGCCGGCCCGCCUGUUUGCCCUCGGCGCCCUCGUCCUGCUCCUGCGCCGCAUCCCCACCGUCCUCUGCCUGCAUCCUUUCGUCCGCCAGAUCCAGGGGCGCCAGGACGCCAUGUUUGUCGGCUUCUUUGGGCCCAUCGGCGUCUCCGCCAUCUUCUACCUCUACGUCGGCCUCGAGUUCCUGGAGACGGUGUCCGCCGGCGACGGGCAGCGCGAGGAUGCCAAGCAGCUGGGCGACACUAUGAUGGUCGUCAUAUGGUUCCUGGUCAUCUGCAGCAUCGUUGUUCACGGCUUAAGCGUGCCCUUGGCCAAGCUGGCAUCUCAUCUGUCGGGCCUGGUCCGACCCCGUCGCGUUGCAUUGCCUACUUGAUAGCCGCUAUCUCCCUGCCAGGACUACCUAUCUUGAGAGUGAUGAUGGACUUCUUCAUAGCAGCAUCCGACAGCCCGUUGAGUGCAUCUAUGACAAGCUGGCCCAUGUUGCCUGCAACAUGCAGUGUCACUUUGUACCUACAUUUGUGCCAAUGGCUGCAGGUGAUACUGGAAUAUACCAGGGUACCUAGGUAAUGCAACUACCUCAGAUAACACGCAGUCAACCUUAACCGUGGAAGACGCACGCACACAUAUUACCCGCGAGAUCCAUAACAGACUCGAUUCAUCAGCCGGAGAGUGGCCACCCUAAAACUCCCUAGACAGUGGUGCCUCCGUAUAAUAAUAUUCUACAUGCUGCAGUCAUGUGUUUUUUGUUACCACCCAGCCUCAGGGUCACUGCUGUCCGCAGUAGUUACCCUUGGCUCCUCGAAUCAAUAGUAGCAGGUAGCCAGUCACCCCGGCCAACAUCUUCCACAUAACCCGCCCGUGCGCCGCCCAGGCUGGGACGAUCAACACCUCUCCCUCAGGGUGGCCUCCGAGUUCAUCUCGGACAACGUCUGGUGGCCCCCCGCCUUCUUCACGGGGGCCAUCUGGAUCUUGUGGUCGGACCGCACCCUCUCGCCCAGCUUGUGCUUCCGGAUCAGGAAGCUCGCGAACAUGCCCGCGCCCAUCACGGCCGCGACCUCGAUGAAGACGUGCGUCAUGGCCGUCUCGAAGACGCCCACCGUGGCCUCCCUCUCCCUCCCGGUCAUGGUGCCCACGCUGUCGAUGAGCUGGGAGAUGCUCAUCUCGCCCGCGGGGCCCGUGUUGAGCUUCUGCAGCUCGUCGAAGCACACCAGCCCGCUAAUGCUGAUGCCCAUGCUGAGCCCGAUGGUGCGGAUGAACGAGUACGCCGAGGCCGACAUGGCGAUGUCCGAGUUGUCGGACGUGUCGUCGAAGGAGGCGUGGAUCGGGAUCAGCAGCGAGUUGAAGUUCGGCGCCACGCCGACCCCGGCUAUCAGGAGCAAUACCACGGUGACGGCGGUCGACGUGGACUUGUUGAGGUGGACGAGCAUGCCGCAGCCCAUGGUGGCGACGAGGAACGAGCCGCAGAUGAGUGUUUGGUAUUUCUUGGUCGCCGUUAUGAGGUACCCUGCCCCGGUGCUCGCGAUCCCAAACAUGAGCACAAGGGGCAACAUGCUGAUGCCGCUCUGGGAAGGGGUCUGGCCCUUCACUGCCUGGAAGUAAAUCGGAAGGUAGUAGUUGAGGCCCAUGUAUCCCACGGCGUGGAAGAAUGCUGCAAGGUACGCUCCGAUCCUGGUGGGGUGUGUGAAGAAGCGCAGCGGGAUGACUGGCUUGGUGGCCUUGGUCUCGGCAUAGAUGAAGAACCCCAGAGACAGGGCCGCUGUGACCAAUGAGAUCAAGACCUGGGGCGCGCUCCACGACGUGCCGAGAGAGGUCCACUCAAAGGCGAGCAGGACCAGGACUGUCGCCGUCCCGAUGGCGAGGAUGCCGACAAUGUCCAGCGUCCUGAUGGCCUCGCGGAUGCUCUUUGAUGGUCGUGACAUAUUAAGGAACAAGACUGUGAUUAUGAGACAGACAAGGCAUAUGGGAAGAUUGAUGAGAAAACACUGUCCAGCCAAGUUAGCCUCUCCCCGCCCAGCCUACAAUUUCCAUGGGGUGAUUGAUCAAUGAACAGCAGACUCACCCAUCGCCAACUGAUAUGAUCAGCCAGCACGCCCGACAGCACCGGCCCCAGCGCCGACGCAACAGCCCAGGUGGCGCCGAUGAAGCCCUGGUACUUGCCCCUCUUGCGCGUGCCGACCAGGUCCCCGAUGAGGAUGAUGACCAGCGCCGUGAUGCCGCCGGCGCCCACGCCCUGGACCAUGCGGGAGGCGAUCAGCAUCGAGACGUCCUGCGACGCGCCGCACAGGGCCGACCCGGCCAUGAAGACGGCGAUGGCGGCCACAAAGGCCCACUUGCGCCCAAAGACCUCGGAGGCCUGCCCAAACAGCGGCAUCACCACGGCCUGCGUCAGCGCGUACCCGGAGCCGACCCACGUGUAGCCCGAGUUGGACGAGGCCCCGCCCAGGCUCGUCAUGAUCUUGGGCAGGGCGGUGGACACGAUGGUCUGGUCCAGCGCCGGGAGGAACAGGGUGAAGAACAGGCUGCCGACCAGGAUUAUGUGGCGGAUCCUGGUGAGGCCGUGGCGGGGCUGGGUGCUGUCGUCGUCCUUGGGGGGCUCCGUGGCUGUGAGGGUGCCACUUGUGCUCUCCGAGUCGGUGUGAUAAUGAGUGUCAUGAUGAUGUUGUGCUUGUGCGGCGUGGGCUGUUUGUGCAGCGCGGGGUGGGCGGCGAGGUUCGUUCAUGUUCGUGUGGUGGUGGUGGUGGUGGUAUAAGUGAACGUUCCCUCAGUGCUGCUUGAGGUUGUCGUGAAGUUAUCGUGAUGUUGUCGUGAUGAGAUGCGUUAGGGUAGGCAGCCUGUCAGUCCUAGGAUAUAGGGCCUUCCUUGGUGUGGAGUGUGGAGUGGGGUGGGGGUGAUGUGGGCCUUGAAGUGUGGUUGAUCUCCGUCGUGGUUGAUCUUGCCAAGCCCAUAGGUUGAUCGUUGACAUCCAGACCAGACGGUGGGCUGGGAUGGUUGUUUCUAUGGCUUUGUUUGCCAGGGGGACCGAAGGGAGAGAGUCACCGACAGGGCGAGGAAGGGGCUACUGGCAGCACUAGCCGCCACGAAGCUUGAUCGAGAUGCUUUUGUACUGCCCGCUGUGAAGAUCCUGUCUCAUAGUUUUGAUACAUUCCAACUCACGGACACAUUCCCCCUCCUGCUGUUGGCAUCUCACUCACUCUCUAUCUCUCUCUCUCUAUAUCUCAGUUAAUCCACCCAAACAGGGCACUGUACCCGAGA